AUGGCUACUAACAAGGAGAGAAUUGAGAGGUUAGAGGCUGGACUUGGAAGAUUCCAAGAUCACUUUAGUCGUAUGGAGGUGGGCGUAUCUGAUAAGUUUCAUCAGUUAGAAGAUGCCAUCAACAAAUUAUCGGAAGCCCUACUCUCCAACCGAGUUGCAUCGACUAACAACAGCUUCGAACUUAAGACAAACUCUCCUACGGAACGUUCUCGCAACGUGAGAGAAGAAUCUCGAGACAACUCCGAAGUCGGACGGCAGCUGUUCUCUUCCAAAUUAGCCAAGUUGGAGUUUCCUCGGUUUGCCGGAGAUGACCCCACCGAAUGGUUCACAAGAGUGGAUCAAUUUUUUGAAUAUCAAGGCACCCUUGAAUCUCACAAGGUAGGCUCCUUACAUGACUAUCAAAAAGAGUUUGAGCGGCUGGGUAACUGGGUACACGGUUGGACACAAAAAGCCUUAGUCGGGACGUUCAUGGGAGGUCUCAAGCCAGACAUAGCUGACAACAUCUGGAUGUUCAAACCAAGGUCACUGAAAGAAGUUACCAGCCUUGCACGGAUGAGAGACGAGCAACUGAUGCGCCAACAGAAAGCCACUCAGCCUUUCAACCAACCCAUCGUUGACUCCCCUUCCCCAACGAAGUUCAAGACGACUCUACCUAUGAAGAGGCUCACUUGGGACAAGAUGCAGAAACGAAGGGCACAAGGGCUAUGCUUCAACUGUAAUGAGAAGUUUACACUGACUCACCAGUGUAAAGGAUCACAACUCUUGCUGUUAGAAGGCAGCGACGACUAUUCAGAGGAGGAGGAAACUGACGGCCUAAUGGAACCACAACCCGAGAUAUCACUCCAUGCACUCUCAGGAUGGACAGCCUAUAAAACAAUGCAGGUAAUGGCAAAAAUUGGACCCUAUGAGGUGGUUGUAUUAAUUGAUAGUGGCUCUACUCAUAACUUCAUUAGUGAAAGAGUAGCCAAUAUGCUACGGCUGCCCGUAGUACCAACCGAACCGUUCAAUGUCAAGGUGGCAAGUAGGAGGUGUCCAUUGGUUGGAACAACUGGGAACGAUAGUGUGCAACUGGAAGCAACUAACGAUGGAGUUCCAAUGGAGCAACCAAACUCAGAAACUACAAGGGAUCGAUGCGUAAUCAAUUCAAACCGCAUCAGUCAAAGCUAUCUCCAAAGACAUACGGAAAGGGAGUUCAAUGUUUUCUAUUUUCCUUCAAGCCGCAGCCGAGCCAACAUCACAGGAUGUCAACCCGGAGAUGCAACAACUACUGGAGAAAUUCGAAGAUGUGUUCCAAGAACCGACGCACCUCCUGCCCACACGGGAAAUCGACCAUCAUAUCAAUCUAAAGGAAGGAACCGAGCCCGUCAAUGUGAGACCAUACAGGAUGGUUCAUGGCAUUUUUGCACUGAUUAUAGAGCUCUUAAUGUCGUAACCAUCAAAGAUAGAUUUCCAAUUCCCACAGUAGAUGACAUGCUUGAUGAGCUCCAUGGAGCUACUUAUUUCACUAAACUGGACUUACGGGCAGGAUACCACCAGGUUCAAGUGCAUCCCCUAGACAUUCAUAAAACUGCUUUUCGCACUCAUAAUGGUCACUAUGAAUACUUAGUUAUGCCCUUUGGUCUUUGUAAUGCUCCAUCUACCUUUCAAGCAAUCAUGAAUUCAAUAUUUCGCUCGUACCUCCGUAAAUUUAUGCUUGUUUUCUUUUAUGACAUUUUGACCUAUAGCCCCAACUGGAACAUGCACCUUGAACAUGUUCAAAAGGCUUUGGAAAUACUAAGGCAGCAUCAAUUUUUGUCAAAUUCAGCAAAUGUGCCUUCGGGGUACAAGAAUUUGAAUACUUAG